AUGCUCUCGAAGACCCUCCUCGCCAUCUCUGCUCUCUCGGCCGUCGCCCUCGCCGCGCCCAGCCCCGGAGUCGGCGUCGACGUCGUCAAGCAGGCCAACUACAACGAGGCGGAGAAGGCGGCCAAGAUCUCGCUCAAGGAGAUCUGCUACCGCAACUUGUACGCCGACGUUUCCAAGUACAAGGUCAAGUACGCCAAGGAGGUUCUCGCCAAGGACGCCGCCGGGAAGGCGGUCUUCCUCUUCGACGGCAUCAAGAAGGACAUCAACAACCGCGAGUUCUACUACGAGGAGUUCUGCUACAAACAGUUCAACGUCGCCGAGCACAACGCUGACGUUGACAAGCACAACACGGCCGUCGUCGGUGCUGCCGCUGGCCUUGGCGGCAAAGGAGGCGUCUACAAGCGCAGCGUCGUCGGCUCGUCCUUCGACCCGGAGGGCUUCUCGAGCGGCUAUGGCUCGCUCGACGGUUCGUACGGCGGCGCAGGUCUCGGCUACGGCUCUGGCAUCGGCUACGGCGGAAUCGGCAAGGGCGCAGUUGGCGCCGCCUUCCACGUCCGCUACGCCAAGGAGGUCGCCCUCCAGGACGCCAAGCACGCGAACGUCUUCCUCGCCGACGGUAUCAAGAAGGACGUCAACUCGCAGGAGUUCUACUACGAGGAGUUCUGCUACAAGGCUUACCGCGCCAAGCAGACCACCGGCACCGUCAAGGGCACGCACAUCGGUCUCGUCGCUCGUCAGCUCGGCGGACUGGAGGGCGGAGCCUUCGACGCUGGAUCGUUCACCGACGGAUUCGAGGGCGCCGGACUUGACGGCGGCGCUUCGCUCGGCGCUGCGGUUCCGGAGGGCACCUCGGACGGCGUCGACGACUUCUGA